GUUGUUGGGCGCGUUUGAUGGGGGUGGGGCGCCGUGGCCAACGGACCAAUCGGAUGAAGGAGACGGCCCGGGGCGGUUUCGUGCUCGGGCGGGUCGUUGUUGAGUUGGAGAUGGCUACCUAUCCUUACGGCUCGAACUAUCCUGGGUCAUCAGGGCCUGCACCAGGAGCUCCACCGGGCAGCUACUUCUCAAGUCAACACCAGGCUGGAGGUCAAUAUGGCCCCCAUUCUGGCCAGUAUGGGGGUCCACCGCCAGGUAGUCCUUAUGGAGGGCCACAACCGAGCGCACCGUACGGAACAUCAGCAGGUGGGCAAUAUGGAAACCAAGCACCAGGUGCACCAUAUGGAGCUCCACCACCAGGAGGGCACUUUGGAGCCCCUGCACAAGGAGGCCAGUAUGGACCUUCAGCUCCCGGAGCCCCAUAUGGAAGUGCAUGUUCAGCAGGAUAUUGUGGAGGGCCAGCACCAGGUGGUCCAUAUGGAGGACACCCAUAUGGAAUUCCACAGCAAAGGCAAUAUGGAUCAGGUGCUUCUUUGGCUGGUGAUGUUCCGGCAGGCAUAGAUCCUGAAGCCUUCUCUUGGUUCCAGUCGGUGGAUGCAGAUCGAAGUGGCUAUGUCUCCCUGAAGGAACUCAAGCAGGCCCUUGUCAACAGCAACUGGUCGACGUUUAACGAUGACACCUGCUACAUGUUGCUUAACAUGUUUGACAAAAACAAAAUGGGAAAAAUCGAUCUGUAUGGGUUUUCCGCACUCUGGGGAUUUCUUAAGCAGUGGCGCAACAUGUUUCAGCAGUUUGAUCGGGAUCGAUCAGGGACCAUAAACUCUCAGGAGCUACAACAAGCUCUCACUCAGAUGGGUUACAAUUUAAGCCCACAGUUUGUCCAGUUCCUGACAGCUCGAUAUGCACAAAAAACAGCUCAGUCCUCCAUUCAGCUGGACAGUUUCAUCCAGAUUUGCACGCAAUUGCAGAGCACAACUGAUGCUUUUAAAGAGAGAGACACCAACCGUUCUGGAAAUGUGCGCAUCAGUUAUGAAGACUUCCUAACUCUUGCAAUAUCACGCAUGCUAUGAUCUGUUGUGGUUACAGAAAACGAAAUAAGUUAGAAGAUCUAGAUUGAGUCUCCAUUCACAUAUUGUGGUCAGCUAAAUGGAAUAAAAUUAGAACUCUAAUUUAAUACGAUUAAUGCAAAUGAAGGGAGCAAUUUGAAAUGGAUGACAGCGUUAUCACAUCUCUUGUACCACAAGUUAUCGACUAAUACUGUAGUUUCACUGCACUGUUUAUAGCACUAUUCAGUAAAGUAAUGCAUUUUCAUGUAACAGGAACUUUCAUUGCUUGAAGUCUCUUAUAGAAUGUGCAUACUUUCCAAUCUGGUUUAUGGAAAUCUUGAAAUUAUGUUAGAAUUGAAACCUGCUCCUGCUAAACAAAGUGGCUUCAGUGUAAGAGUGGCCCAAUAUGGCAUAUUCCAAAUAUAGAACCUGUGAUUUAAAACGGGUGUCAUUCCAUCAAAACUUGGUUAUAAAAUUUUGUAUAGAGCAGCCUGACAGAUAUGUAAUAGAUUAUACUUAAUCCUCUUGAUUUUUAGCCAUUUAUGUCUCCGAAAAAAUAAAAGAUCAGUGGCAUGCAGUUCAUGCAUUAUUACAUAGGAAUUGUGAACCUUAA